GCAUAGGCUAAAAUGCCAGGGAAGAAGGAGGAGGCCCUUGGCAUGGUUCAUCUCCUCCUGGAACUGCACUGCAUCACUCGGAACACAGGAGGAGAGGACACGAGACAGCUCAUCCCUGUGUCCUUUUAACAGCACUUGCUUAAAUGCAUGGAAAUUCAUACAGCAGCAUCCACGGCAAGGAAAUGAGCAGGUGCCAGAAGAUUUUCUUUCCCACUCACAAGAAGUGAAAGCCAUGGGCGCGUUUUCUGUUUUUAACGCCAGCGACGUUUCGCAGGCCGGCUCCCUGGAGGAUGGCAGCAACUGGACAGCAGCAACCCAGUUCAGCCAGCCAGGCUGGAGGAUUGCUCUGUGGGCCAUCACCUACUCCUUCAUCGUCGUCACAUCCAUCCUGGGCAACGCCACCAUCAUCUGGAUUAUCCUGGCUCACAGGAGGAUGAGGACGGCCACCAAUUACUUCAUCGUCAACUUGGCCCUCUCGGACCUGCUGAUGUCCGCCUUCAACACCAUCUUCAACUUUAUCUAUGCCAGCCACAACGUGUGGUACUUUGGUGAGGAGUUCUGCAGGUUUCAGAACUGGUUCCCCAUCACUGCAGUGUUUGUGAGCAUUUACUCCAUGACAGCCGUGGCUGCAGAGAGGUACGUGGCCAUCAUCCACCCCUUCAAGCCCAGGCUGUCUGCUGGGAGCACCAGGGUCAUCAUUGGCAUCAUCUGGCUGGUGGCAUUCGGGCUGGCCUUCCCCCAGUGCUUCUAUGCUGAGAUCACCAUGGACAAUGGCACCAUGAAGUGCAUCGUGGUCUGGCCUGAUGAUGUGGGAUCCAAGCACCAGCUGGCGUACCACAUUGCUGUGAUUGUGCUGAUUUAUUUACUGCCUCUGAUGGUGAUGUUUGUGGCAUACAGCAUUAUAGGAGUCACUCUGUGGAGCAGCACAGCUCCAGGCAGCCACCUGAACAGAGUCCACUACGAGCACCAAGUCAAUGCCAAAAAAAAGUUUGUGAAGACCAUGGUGGUAGUGGUGAUCAUUUUUGCUGUCUGCUGGCUGCCCUAUCACAUCUACUUCAUCCUGGGCAGCUUCAAGGAGGACAUCUACCAGCAGAAGUACAUCCAGCAGGUGUAUCUGGCAGUCUUCCUCCUUGCCAUGAGCUCCACAAUGUACAACCCCAUCAUCUACUGCUGCCUGAACCAGAGGUUUCGCUCUGGAUUCAAGCUGGCCUUCCGCUGGUGUCCCUGCAUAAAAGCAACUGAGAAAGACAAACUUAAACUCAUGUCCCCAUCUCUCUACCAGACAACCCUCAGGAAGUCAAGAACGAGUUUCAACACAGAAACUCAGCUGAAUGAGAAAGAGAAGACAUCCUUUACCCUCACCCAGUUAACACUCUGAUUUCCUGCUCCUAGUUCUGGCUCCGUCCCAUACACCAAGCAAGGCAGCAGAUCUGAAGAAGCUCUUUUUCUCUGGAGCAGCUAUUUCCUACAGGACUUCUUUAGAUGCCAUCAGCAUUGAAGGCAGCACAUUGAUAACACUUCUAUCCAUGUAGGUCCAAGCUGCAGAUACAAGUUUAGCCCUCCCUUACAUCAACAACUGCAAUACAGAACAGACAUCGGGCCCAGGAGGCCAGAAACUCAGCAAAGCAGAUCUGAGGCAGUGCCAAUCAGGAGAAUAUAAAUUCUUCUACACUGUGAUCUCCUGAUUUCUGUUCCACCAGGACACCUGAAGUCAGGAAAGGGUUGAUGGAGCAGAAAGGCUGGGGCUCAUGUGGCCCAGCUGGGAUGGACCCAGGGCUGUGUGGGCAGCCAAGUGCCAGGGCUCAGCACCCCAAGGCACUGUGCACCAAAGCCUGUUUACAACAGAGGCAAACACCAACACAUCCAGACUGAAAAAUCCAGCCUGCCCUCAACGUUCUCUGCAUUCUGGGAUUUGCAUGCCGGCAGUUUCACCAGCAGAAACAGUUCAUUAAGAUGUUGUCAUUAGA